UAAUUGGAACUCGAUCGAAGUCAGGCCUAAGCGAGAGCACCCCACAUCGAUUAGUGCAGAAGAGAAGCGGCCGUGGCGUCGCGUAUCGAUCAGAAAAUAGCCGGCACGACGACGCCGAUACGCGCGCGUCGGUCGUUGACGUCACCAAAAGCGUCUGUGCGCCGCGUUGCGCUUCGGUUCAGUCACAGAAAAUGUCGGGAUGAUCCGCGCCAUGGAUGUCGUCGCCGUCGUCACCGUCGCCGCCACGGCCUUUUUAACGCUCUUCCAAUUCACGACGCUCGCGAGCAUGUGCUCCUAGACGCUCUUUCGCCGUCGGUCCGCUGUCUCGACGACGAGAGGGAGACAACCGCGCUCAGCUGCGGUUGUCCGCGCCGCGUUUACCUUCAGCGAGAAUCGAUCGGCGGCGUUCGCACAUACAAUCCGCGACCAGGCUGUCAAGAUGGGUUCUAUAGUGCUCAAGUCGCUCUCGGUGCUCCUCGGCAUAUUCUUCGUCUUCGUCGGCACCAUGAAACUCACUUCGCACAUCAGCAAGGAUCUGCAUAAGGACUUGAGGAAGGAAUAUGUCAAAUAUGCAAAAGUAUUUCCGCUCUCGGGAACGCUCGAUUUCAAAGUGCCCAGCAAGUGGUAUCGAAGAAUCGUCGGCGCGCUCGAGAUUAUCUGCGGCCUCGCUAUGGCGAUUAUUCCAAGUCACAAAAUUAAAAACUUAUCAAACACGGUGCUGCUUCUCUUGAUGCUGAUGGCCGUGUAUUCUCAUUACAUGGUUAACGACAAAUUCGAGAGGAUCGCCCCGGCACUGGUAUUCUUCUUUAUGUUGACGGGGCGAUUGGUAAUCGACUGGCAGCUAAGACAAGAAGAUGCGCAAUCAGUGACGGCAAACGGUGUUGACGACAAAACGAAAAAGCAAGACUGAGCGGGAUUACAGUUGGAAAACGCAUUGUCUGUUUUCAUUUUAAAUUAUUUGAUUCCGUGAUUCAGACACUGAUUCUGAGGAAGAUUAAUUAUUUAUUUAUUUCAAACGUAUUCUCUCCUAUUUUUUAAAAAAAUGGAACUUUUAUCUCAAGACGCAGCGUCAUUCAAUACAUUUUUUUCUAGAUUUUUCUUCACAAUAAAGAUUUGAUGUGCAUAAAAGUAUACAUAUGUAUAAGAAGGAAAAAAAUUGGAAAUCCUAUGAAUUAAGCUUGUAAAAAGAUGUAGUUUUGAAAGUGGAAACAAGAUGAGGAAAGAAUAAUUUACAGUAUUCACUUUUAAUGUGUCCAGUGAGAUGAAUUUUUGUUGCACUCUACAUCGUACUCUGUUACAUGUGGUUUGCAGAAUAAAAAGCGAGUGUCGUUAAGUCAGACGAGAUAAUUAAUAAUAUAAUUAAUGGAAGUUACACAAAAAAAGACCCAAAAAACAUUUUUGGUCUUAUAAUGCUUUUUUAUUGCCAGCGCGGAAUUACUCGAUGAAUGUGCAAUGCGUAAUAUUGUCUUCGAGUAAUAUAAUUUAGUGAUAAUUACAAAUCUCUGUAAUCUGGUCCUUAAUAUCGAUAGCAAUUGCAGUUGGAUGGUCGGCAAAUGUUGUUUCCUGUAAGUUAAUGAGAGUGGUAAACAAUAUCCUGCAAUAUCGGUCCAUUAAGAUACCAUUGCAUUAAUGUCGAUUAUCGCUAGUCAUAAUUAAAGAAGUUAUCUCUCUCUACUUAUAUUAAGAAAACGAUACAAAAGGGGACAUAAGAUCAUUAAACAGUUAACUAUAUACUACAGUCAGUGAAACUUUAAAAAAAUUAGAUUGACUUAGAUUGAUUUUGAUUGACUUAAUUUGGAAGAUUCUCUUUAUUUCUUUUGAAAGUUAAUAGUAAAAUAAUUAUUAUAUGACAGCUGUAUAAACAUGAAACAUUACACAAUUGUAAUAUAAGUGAUUAAAAUAAGAAUAUAGAUAGUUAUGAUACAAAUCAGGAGAUAUCUCUAUGGAAUAGCUAUAAUAUAAUUAUAAAUGUAUGAUAUAAAAGAAACUGCGAUAAAUAGGCGUAAAAAAUAAUAAUAUAAUAAAUAAUAAAUAAUAAUAUAAAUAGAGAAAGGAAAUUUAAUCUGCUACGUGCAAUACGAUCGACAUUGAUGCGACCAAUCCUCGGUGAUACUAGCUUAAACACGAGGUACUAACUGCCACUUGAAUGAAUGCUCUUAUAUAUAUCGUGCGAGGACAUGCGUGUAUGGACAUAUAGAAAAAUGUUUCUUAAUAAUCGAAACAUAUGUGCGCACUAGCGUUAAUUUAUUUCUUAAAAUCUCUACGUGCGAAUAACGAGUGUGAUUAGAUAAUUUGAUAAAUAAAACCAAAAUUUAAACUGUGAA